AUGAAGUUCCACACACACACGCUGGCCCUUGCGCUCCAGCUGGUCUCGCUGGCGUUUCUAAUCCUGGCCCUGGUGUCGGUGCCCAUCUCCGCCAAGCUCCCCCUGUCGCGGACACAGCACUACGCCUUUGGCUCGUUUGGGUACUGCGACACCCGUUCCAACAGGUGCAAGUACUCCUUUGCGGACGGCAAGUAUCUGGGGCUCGGGUCGGGCUGGAAGAUGAGCAACGAGUCCAGGAAGACCCUGUGCAAGCUUAUUUUGGCCACGCCAGCCGCCGUGGGUCUGACCCUUGUGAGCAGCGUCCUUGUUUUCUGGGGCCACUUCCGGUGGGCGGGCCGUUCUGCGGUUUUCUGGGCAUUUUGCACGCUGCUGGCCGUGCUGUCGUUCGCAGGAGCUGUGCUUGUUUGUGUUUCUGUGGUCUUGUUGUUCUUCCCGCAUCUCACGUGGACGGGCUGGCUGCUUGUUCCCGCCGCAGUACUCAACUUGGUGAGCCUCGUGCUGAUCAUUGUCGCGCUCAAGGUCGGCCCGCAGAGCUAUGCGGACGACGACGAUGACGAUAAGCUGAGCAUGUUUGGCGAAAAGGCCGUCAGCGACUCCACCGCGUCGUUGCUGCAAAAACCGUACACCGGGGGUUUCACUGGGCCGACAGGGCUCGCCACACGCUCGUCGCUGGACGAGGAGCCGGAAAAGCUGCGAGACUUCACUGUCACACAGCACGAGUCAGGCUCGCAGGAGUUUGGCAGCAGCGUUUUUAACGACAAGCCGGCCGACACGCCUGUUUCCGCGACCGCGAUCAACUCUGGCACGCCCGAGCUCAGGUUGCCCGAUAUCUCGAAACUAUACCUCCCGAGCUUGGACAACUCCGACUCGCGUUCCGGGCUGAGCAACAAUCUGAACGGGACCGACAGGGAUAUGUCGUCGCCUGUUGCGUCGAGCAUCUAUUCGCGCGACGAGCGUCUCAAGCUGUCGAGCGACAACUUGCCCGGCCAUUCGGGCAACUCGAACGAGAUGAGCUCGAGCGCCGCGUCAGACUUCACGAGUGUCUCUCAGCGAGAAGUCAACCCCAAAUAUUACAAAGGAGCGCCCCAGAGAGCCAAGCUGCCCGGCCAGUACAUGCCGGCUCCUAAUGCGCCUCCGCUGCCGUACGGCGGACAGUACUAUCCGCAGCAGGCGCCUGUGAUGAUGCCGCCUCCGCAGCACCAGCCGUACUAUGCUCCGUCGUACAACCCCCCAAAGCCCAAGACCAGAGCGGAUAUUCUCUUCAACAACAAUCCAGACUUUGCCCUUGAAGGUGGCGGACCGCGUCGCAUGGGAUACAAGAAGUUCGGCGGAGCCUCGCGGCAAGGCAUGCACCCGGGCAUGAUUGGCAGAGACGCCGUUCCGCAGCACAUGGCGUCGGGCAGCUACAAGAACAGGCCGCGGCCCAACUUCCCGGCGGCCUCGUUAUCCAAAGACAGUCCCUACGGAAGACUGUAG